AGGCUCAACUAUUACUCGGCGUAGAGAUAUAAGUUGAUAGCUGCUCCCAGUCAGUAGCAUCACUGCAUCCAACACAGAUCAGCAACACUCAACACAAGAUGGUUUCCUUCAAGUCUCUGCUUCUCGCCGCUGUGGCUACCACCAGUGUCCUCGCUGCUCCCUUCGACUUCCUUCGUGAGCGCGACGAUGGCAACGCGACUGCUCUCCUUGAGAAGCGUCAGUCUACUCCCAGCUCUGAGGGAUACCACAACGGAUACUUCUACUCGUGGUGGACUGAUGGCGGCGGCUCUGCCCAGUACACCAUGGGUGAGGGCAGCAGGUACUCCGUGACCUGGAGGAACACUGGCAACUUUGUUGGUGGCAAGGGAUGGAACCCUGGAACCGGCCGUGUCAUCAACUACGGCGGAGCCUUCAACCCCCAGGGCAACGGAUACCUCGCUGUGUACGGAUGGACCCGCAACCCGCUUGUCGAGUACUACGUAAUUGAAUCCUACGGAACCUACAACCCCAGCAGUGGAGCCCAGGUCAAGGGAAGCUUCCAGACUGACGGUGGUACUUACAACGUUGCCGUCUCCACCCGUUACAACCAGCCCUCCAUUGACGGAACAAGGACCUUUCAGCAGUAUUGGUCUGUCCGCCAACAGAAGCGUGUCGGUGGAAGCGUGAACAUGCAGAACCACUUCAACGCUUGGUCUCGCUAUGGCUUGAACCUUGGUCAACACUACUACCAGAUCGUCGCCACUGAGGGUUACCAGUCUUCCGGAAGCUCUGACAUCUACGUGCAGACUCAGUAGAGGAGUUGUUGUCUGUGGAGCGAGCAACUAGCAGACGAGAUCAGACAAGAAUAGUGCCUCGGAUAGUUGUGAGCAAAUUGGAGAAAGAGCGAUGCGUUCGAGUUACUGUACCUAGAAACAUGUCAAUUCACUCGCUAUAAAAUAUUCCGUUCUCGAAUUUGUUCUUUUUUUUUGGAGUAUUUGAGCAUGGUAUCAUGCUGCAGCAAAAGCAGCUAGAAUCUAAGUGAGGUAGAAAACGAAAAUCAU